AUGUACGGUUCAUCACCAGGUCAUAGCGAAGAUGUCUUGAUAUCUGCUGAUGGUCUUACUCCGAUGAAUAAUGAAGCUCGUAUACCGGAAGGCGGGUUCGCAUUGCUGUCAACAACACCACAAAAUGCAGCACUUGCACAUUUCAUUUCGGCGCUUACAUUCGAUCCAUACCAGGAACUUGUUUGGACUGGAAAUAAUAUGGGACGUGUGGUGUCGUUUUAUGGUGCACAGCUUGACAAGUAUACGGCAUUUCUAUCAACAGCUAAUUCAGGCAUUCGCGCAUUGCUUGCUUCAGAAACUGUUAUUUUCUCACUAACAUCUAAGCGUUUAAAAGCUAAUCGCAGACAAGGCAUUUCGUUAUUUACACAUACAUCCGACCACAUGACUGAUCUUACCUGCAUGCAUCGACUUUCGGAUGUACCGCAUAAAUUAUUGCUAGGUGGAAAUCAGCAACAAAUCAUACAGUUUGAUAUGGAAACACAAAAAGAAAUACGAAUUGUUUCUGUUAAACAGAAAAAUUGCUUGGCUUUGCGAUCAAAUCAGAAAUUUUUAUUCAGUUCUGAUUCGGAGGGAAACGUAACACUCCGACAUCUUACAACAGUGGAUGCAAUCCAUGCCUUGCAAGCUCAUCAGGGAUCAGUAGCUGAUUUUGAUGUUUGCGGCAAUAAACUUAUUACAUGCGGUUACUCUCCAAGAUUGGGUAAAAUGGCAGGUGAUCGAUUCAUAAUGAUCUAUGAUUUAAGAACACUGCGCAGUUUGCCCCCAGUACCCUUACCAGUGGCACCAUCAUACUGCAGAUUUCUACCAUCUUAUUCGGAUGGUCGGAUUAUGGUUUGCUCUCAAACUGGUGAACUGAUUAUAAUGGACUUAAAUGAGCAAUCUAGUCAGAUGCCUAUUCAGUUGGAUACAAAUGGCUUUGCUAUUACAUCUCUUGAUGUAUCCACUUCGAAGCAAUGCAUUUCUUUUGGUGAUCAAACAGGUUUGAUACACCUCUUUUCGGAUCGAAUGGAACCGAUCUUUAAUGAAAGUUCAUGGGGCACAGAUUUUCCAGAUCCAAUUGCUUUCCAUCCACCCGUGAAUAUCGACGAUCCGGAGCCCUCAUAUGGGGUGUUUCCCCUCCCGUUUCCAAUGGAUGAUCAUUAUGCUUCGGAUUGGCCUGAACAGUUGUGCAUUAGACGGUUUAGACAACCGGACCCUAUAUCGGAAAAGGUGAUUGAUUCAAUGCGCAUGGUGCAAUUUGUUGGAUAUGCUCAUAAUCCUCGUGCUGGUACGCCAUUACGCAGCUUCAACGUUUGUCCAUAUACAAAUUCUGUUCAUGAUAAAUGCUUCUCAAAUGCGAUGAAAAAUGAUGAACUGCUUCACAUUCCGAAGUUUUAUUUGCGUACCGAAGGAAGGUCACCUUUUAAAGCUGAAGAAAUUGAUUUUAAGCGAUAUAAUCGCACUGAAUUCAACGCAUUAGAAAAUACUGUCGAAACAAGUCCUGCAUGCAUGCUUCUGCUUGCUAAGAAUUUUAUGAAAACUUUUCGAUCCAUUGAUGAUGGUAAAAGGUGGGCAAAUGCAAUUGCUAAUGCAAGUUUGGCUGAAGCAGUUCACUUAUUUAUGCAAGUUUUUAGCAAAGUACUGGAUAAGGAACUUUCUGAAACGACAGCUGGAGUGGCGCUUCGGAAGGAAUUAGAGAUUUCAUUUACUUUGAAUAAUCACUGUAUCCGGUGUUCCGAGCAUUAUCAGUCAGCCUUGUCGCAGCUUUAUAUAUCAUUAGCAUACCCAACAAAUAAUGAAAAAAUUGGAUUUUGUACAUUACUCGAAAAAACUCUAAACUGUCCCGAACAAAAUGAAGCUAUCUGCCAAAAGUGUGGGAAACUAGCACGGUUUGCAUCAACACGUCGUGUGCGUUUACUGCCGAAUAUUCUCUCUUUAGAUAUGACAGCCACUACAGAAGUGGAACAAGCAUUUUGGAUUUCUCAUAUUCAGGCAUUUGAAAGUCGAACAGUGCUGGCACCGAGUUCAGUGACAGAUCAAAAGCUAAAGCCCUGUAGAUACGGCACUGAAUGCAAAAAUCCGAGUUGUCGAUAUCUUCAUAAUAAUGACAGUAAAUCUGAAACAGUAAUACCAACGACCGAAUGCACUGCCUCAUAUCUUGAAUGUUCUCACUAUCUACCAAAUUCAGUACAUAUCAAAAUAACGGAUGGUAUUUGUACGGUUUCGGAAAAUAAAAUGGAAAAUAGUACAUCAUUUUAUCUAGCAGCAGCCGUAUUUAUCAUCAACCAAAAUGAAGAAAAGGAAAAUGAAGAGCAUUUAGUCACUGCGAUAAAAUCAAAACAGGAUUCUUGCUGGAUAUUAUUCAACGAUUGGUCUGUUACACAAAUCUCAGAAAAUGAAGCAUUACAUCUACAUGCUUCUUGGAAAUUACCAGCUAUCCUGUAUUAUGUGCAGGAUAAAGAAAAUAGUGGUAAAGAAGCUGCCAAAGAUGAAAAUCGUGCUAUAAUCCCACGAUCUGUAUUCUGGAAUGAUCUGGAUUCAAACAAAAUCAAGAUACCGGAACGAGGAAGUGAAGUUGCGAUCUAUGCGAAAUACACAGUCAGCGAGACUGGCGAAAAGUUGAUAUCUGAAGUUUCUGCAGUCGACGAAGAUGGUAGCUGUUUCAUGAACAGUGUUAUAAAAGAACCAGGAGUAAAGAGUGAUAUAGAUAAUUCACAGACGCUGAAGAGAGUAUCUUUGAAACUUUUAUAUUUGAUUCAAGAAAAAAUGACAAUCAUUGGAUACAAAAUUGAACACCUGUUUGGAAUGCUAAAUAUCCACGUGCCGGAAGAGCAAGUAAAAGACAUUGUGUCACUUUAUCGCUCAUUGUUCAAACGUUCGCUUUCAUUAAAUGCUUUGGCACAGCAUUUUUUUGGCGAGUCAGUGGAAGAAGAAGAAACCGAUCCAAUUGAUCUUGCACGUUUGUCGCUCCGAUUGCACACAAAAUUCAAUGAAUUAAAGGAAGCCGACGAGGCAGAUAUCAAUAUUGCUGCAUUAACUCAAUCAUUGGAGACAAAUCUUUCUUAA